CAAGAGAUAACAAAGGCUCCGUUUCCUUUCUGUUAGAGAAGGCUUUUGUCUUUCAUCCUGCAACAAUGUCCGUUUCUGGCAAGAAAGAGUUUGAUGUGAAACAGAUCCUGAGGCUACGCUGGAGAUGGUUUAGUCACCCUUCUCAAGGUUCGCCUAACACUGGAAGCUGCCUUCAGCAGGAAGGAUAUGAGCAUAGAGGGACCCCGGUUCAGGGCAGGUUGAAGAACCAUUCUCGGGACAGAAACGGACUGAAGAAAGGCAACAGUCCUGUCCACCACAAUAUACUGACACCGGUGCCAGGACCAGCCCCUACUCAUCAAAGAGUCCUUCAGAAUUGGCACCAACAAAACCUGAUAGCACAUCUUCAAGCAAAUGAAGACACUCCUAAAGCCGGUCCAGAAGAGAAUUUGCUCAAAGAAGCUCGUGAGAGGCACCCACAAGAUCUGGAGAUGAUGGCUGAUGACAACAUAGAAGAUUCUAGAGCACGGCUAUAUGCUGAAAAAUCUGGAGAAAAGAAUAUGACUGGAUCUGAGGAUCGUUUCUGUUCUAUAAAUCAUGCAGAUCAAACUCUUUGUAAAAUGGAGAACUAUUUGAAGGAGAAAAAAUUGUGUGAUGUGCUCCUCAUUGCUGGACCUCUCAGAAUCCCAGCCCAUCGGUUGGUUCUCAGUGCAGUGUCAGAUUAUUUUGCGGCAAUGUUUACUAAUGAUGUGCUUGAAGCAAGACAAGAGGAGGUCAGGAUGGAAGGAGUAGAUCCAAAUGCACUUAAUUCUUUGGUACAGUAUGCCUAUACAGGUGUGCUUCAACUGAGAGAAGACACUAUUGAAAAUUUGCUAGCUGCAGCUUGUCUCCUGCAGCUGACUCAGGUCAUUGACGUCUGCUGCAAUUUCCUUAUAAAGCAGCUCCAUCCUUCAAACUGCUUAGGGAUUCGAUCAUUUGGAGAUGCCCAGGGCUGUGUGGAGCUCCAGAAUGUGGCACAUAAGUACACCAUGGAACACUUCAUUGAUGUAAUAAAGAAUCAAGAAUUCCUCCUGCUUCCAGCUAAUGAAAUUUCAAAGCUUUUGUGCAGUGAUGACAUUAACGUGCCUGAUGAAGAAACUAUUUUCCAUGCUCUAAUGCAGUGGGUUGGUCAUGAUGUCCAGACUAGGCAACGAGAUCUGGCGAAGCUCCUUUCCUAUAUCAGACUGCCAUUACUCUCACCACAGUUACUUGCAGAUCUUGAAAACAGUUCCAUGUUCACUGGUGAUCUUGAGUGUCAGAAGCUACUCAUGGAAGCUAUGAAGUAUCAUCUCUUGCCUGAGAGAAGAUCCAUGUUGCAAAGCCCUCGUACGAAGCCUAGAAAAUCAACUGUGGGGGCACUUUAUGCAGUCGGAGGUAUGGAUGCAGCUAAAGGUACCACUACAAUUGAGAAAUAUGACCUCAGGACUAAUAGUUGGAUACAUAUUGGCACUAUGAGUGGCCGAAGACUUCAGUUUGGAGUUGCAGUUGUUGAUAAUAAACUUUAUGUGGUGGGAGGAAGAGAUGGAUUAAAAACUUUGAAUAGUGUGGAGUGUUUCAAUCCAGUUACCAAAACCUGGGUUGUAAUGCCUCCUAUGUCAACACAUAGGCAUGGGCUAGGUGUGGCGACACUUGAAGGACCAAUGUAUGCUGUUGGAGGUCAUGAUGGAUGGAGUUAUCUAAAUACUGUAGAAAGAUGGGAUCCUGAGGGACGUCAGUGGAAUUAUGUGGCCAGUAUGUCAACUCCUAGAAGCACGGUUGGAGUUGUUGCAUUAAACAACAAGUUAUAUGCUAUUGGUGGACGUGAUGGAAGUUCUUGUCUCAAAUCAAUGGAGUAUUUUGACCCACACACUAACAAGUGGAGUCUGUGUGCCCCAAUGUCCAAAAGACGUGGAGGUGUGGGAGUAGCAACACACAAUGGAUAUUUGUAUGUUGUAGGGGGUCAUGAUGCCCCUGCUCCUAACCAUUGCUCCAGGCUUUCUGGCUGUGUGGAAAGAUAUGAUCCUAAAAGUGAUUCAUGGUCAACUGUGGCACCGCUGAGUGUUCCUCGAGAUGCUGUUGCUGUGUGCCCCCUUGGAGACAAACUCUAUGUGGUGGGCGGAUAUGAUGGACACACUUAUUUGAAUACUGUUGAAUCAUACGAUGCUCAGAAAGACGAAUGGAAAGAGGAAGUUCCUGUCAACAUUGGAAGAGCAGGGGCAUGUGUCGUGGUUGUGAAGCUACACUAAAAUCAGUUACCAAACAGGAUCAAAUAGGACCGUUUAGAGAAUGAAGAGUGGAAAAAUAUGGUGUUCUAUGAAGUUCAUAACCAAACUCAAGUGCCAAUUUGUCAAUUUCCUGUAUUGUUGGAAUUGCUUAUUUUUAAGGCCAAAACAAUUUUUAAACAUGAAUUACAUGUGAGUGACAAGUAUAUGUGCUGUCCCAGUUUAUUAUAUAAUGGUAGAAGAAGCAAUGUUUGGCCUCAUUACCAUAAUUGUUAAAAGACUUCAUAAAAAUUUGAUAGUGACCAAUAUAUGAAAAUGAUAAAAGCACUAACAAUUUUCAUGUAAGAAUCUGAGAAUUAAAAACAUUUUCUAUUUUUGGAAAAUACUCUACCAUCUUGAGUCACUUAAUGUAAGAGAAUGAACCUUUAAGAAUAAAGUCCAGUUUUCUGCCUUAUUCAAACAAUGUCUUAUAUAGCUAAAUAAUAACUAACAUUUGUUAAGAAGAAAGUGUUUUCUGUGUCAAGGAUGCAGCAGAUUGUUCAUUGACAUAAUUUGCUAUAGUAAUCACAUUAUGUCAGAAUUUUCACAAACCUACUAUUUUCAACAAUUAUCUGCCAGAAUAUGCAUAUAGAUUUAAUAUUCCAUGACAUGUGUUGUUAGACUAUUUUCCAGUAAAAUGUCAUAAUGCUACAUAUGCAAUCUAUAUACUGAAACAGUGAAUAUCAUAUUGAUAAACACUGUGACUUCAGCUUCAGGAUGUGAGGACCUCACUUGUAUAGAUAUUAAUAUUCUACUUAAACAUUUGAUGUGUUCUCUGUAAACACCUUCCAUUAAUUUAAAUUUUAAAACAAUUCUAAAUACUAUUAAAAUUGAGGCGUUCACACAUAAUACUAGCAUAUAGAAUCACAAAAAUGUUUAAUGUGUGUAAUCAGUUCUAGCGUUUCAUCACAUAUGUACAAACUUUUCUGUUAAUGUAAUAGUCAUAUUUAUCCAAUCGCAAAUGGUAAGGAUAUGUGUAUUACAAAAACUACAUUUUCUUAAAAUUGAAAACACAGAAAGGCUAUUUGAGUAGUGUUAUAGCUUUAAAUUAUGAUUUGCAUUGAUUCUAUUAAUUAAAAAUCUGUAAGGUGAAAUAUUGGAAAACGUGCUUAAGAAGGUAACUUUUCAAGUAAAUGUUUCAUUUUAGAAUUUAUAUGAUAUCUUCUUUUCAAGGGACUUUGUAGUGUUAACUAGCAAAGCAACCAACAAAAUCCAGAGAGAUGCUUAUAAACCACACUACUAUAUGUUAGUUUGAAAACUUCCAACGUAAGUUGAACAAAGAUAUUUGUACUUUAACAAAUUGAAUUUUAAUAAAAUUUCUUCCCUCUGGUUAUAAUGAGUGUGGUUUUAAAAUAUGUUGAGUGCAGGCUGGCUGAUAAUUCUGACACUGUAGUUCCUCAAUAGCUAAAAUAUUUAAGUGCAAGUAUAAAAUUUUCCUCUGUUUGUAUUCUGCUGCUUCUCAAUAGAGAGCUAUAGAAUUUUCCAGGUAAAGAGAUGCAAUAGAGAUAUAGAGAGGCUAUAACAA